AUGGAGGAGCUGCCGGAGCCGGCGCCCCAGAAGCCCCUGGUGGGCUGCCUGGCGGCGGUGCAGAGCCUGGCCCGCAUCCUGCGGCCGUGCUAUGGGCCGCACGGGCUGCAGAAGCUGCUGGUGACGGCGCGCGGGGACGCGGUGCCCACCGACUGCACGGCUGCCAUCCUGGACGCGCUGCAGCUGGACCACCCGGCGGCGCGGCUGGUGCGCGACACGGCGCAGAGCCACGCGGAGCAGAGCGGCGACGGCGUGGCCUUCGUGGUGCUGCUGGCGGCCGCGCUGCUGGAGCAGGCCGAGGGGCUGCUGCGGGCCGGCCUGCCGCGCUCCCGGCUGCGCGAGGCCUACGCGGCGGCGGCGGCCGAGACGCAGGCGCUGCUGCCCGGGCUGGCGGUGCGCGCGCUCGGGCCGUUCGAGGACCCCUUCUGGGUGCUGCACUCGGUGCUGGGCACGCACGCGCGCGCCCACGCGCGCCACCUGAGCGGCCUGCUGGCGCAGGCGUGCUGGGCGGCGCAGGGCCCCGACGGCACCUUCGAGCCGGCGCGCGUGCGCGUGUGCGCGCUGCCCGGGGGCCGCCCCGACGACUCGUGCCUGCUGGGCGGCCUGGCGCUGGCGGGCGGCGCGCGCGGCCAGGUGCAGGAGGUGCUGGACGGCGCCCGCCUGGCGCUGCUGGCCUGCCCCUUCGGGCCCGCCGCCGCGCACGCGCCCGCCACGCCGCGCCUCGCCAGCUCCCCGGAGCUCGCGGGCUUCGAGAAGGGCUGCGAGCAGCUGCUGGAGCGCCACGUGGGCCAGCUGGCCGCCGCGCGCGUCAACGUGGUGGUGGUGUGGGGCGACGUGGACGAGCGCACGCUGGCGCACGCCGACAGGCACCGCAUCAUGGUGGUCCAGACCCCGUUCCGGCGGGAGCUGGUGUACCUGGGCCAGGCGCUGGGCACGCCGCUGCUGCCCUGCCUGAUCCCGCCGCCCAGGCCCGGGCUGUGCCAGCGCGUGUACCAGCAGGUCCUGGGCCAGAGCAGCGUGACAGUGCUGGAGGGCGAGCCCGCGGCGGUGCCCACGCUCAGCCUGGUGCUCAGGGGCAGUAGCUGGGAGGGGCUCCGCGACGCCGAGCAGGCGGCGCACCAGGCCGUGCAGGCCUAUGUCCAGCUGGGCCAGGACGCCAGGCUGCUGCCCGGGGCGGGCGCCACCGAGAUGGCCCUGGCCGCGGCGCUCACGGACAAGGGCCGCCGGCUGGAGGGCCCCGAGGGGCCCGCGUUCCUGGCCUUCGCCAAGGCCCUGCGCUCGCUGCCCGAGACCCUGGCCCGCAACAGCGGCUCCGAGGUGGCGCAGGUGCUGGCCGACCUGCACACGGCGCAGCGGGCCGGGAACAUCCUGGCGGGCGUGGGCAGCGACGGGGCCAUCAACGCGGACGAGGAAGGGGUGUGGGACGUGCUGAUCACCAAGGCCCAGGGCCUGCGGGCCGUCACGGACAUCACGCUGCAGCUGGUGGACGUCGAUGAGAUCGUGCUGGCCAGGGCGCAUCCCCUACCCGAGCAAGACGCGUGUCCCAACCCGCCGCAGGCCAAGCGGCACCCGCCCGCUGCUGGCAAAAAGGGGCGCGGCAAGGCGGCCCGCUGA